AUUCCCUUGACAUGAGCAGAAACACCCGCAGGAACACGAGGGGAGGGCUACAGGGCGCCGAGGGCCAGGCCAACCGAUCGAGUCAACCUUUCAACACUCGCCAACAUUUCUUCCCCUCCUGCCCAUUUACUCGCUACCAAUUGUACAAGCUGCCCAUCCCCCUCAUUACUCCCUUGCCUUUUAAGCACUCUUUCCUUCCUUACAAUUCCAAACUUUACACUUCUAUACCCUCUUCUCUCCUCCGGCCCUAUCUACAACUCUACAUCUCCUCCUCCUUUCUUUUUGUUCUUGUUGUCCAUCUCCAUCUCGUCAUACACCUCCCAAGCACGGGAGUAUGCCUCAAUGUCCACAGAGAGGGAAAGACUCGAUGAGAUCGGCAAGAAGAUCAAGCGAGAGCCGGACACCGCCGGCGUCGUAGUCGCCGCCGUCGCAGGCACCGGCACCGGUACAGCCACGCCGAUCGAGCACCGCGUCCCCCAUCGCCUCGGCCUCGGCGGCGCCGUGAACACCGUGACCCCGUGCGCCGCGUGCAAGCUCCUCCGCCGGCGCUGCGCGCAGGAGUGCCCCUUCGCCCCCUACUUCUCGCCGCACGAGCCCCACAAGUUCGCCGCCGUCCACAAGGUCUUCGGCGCCAGCAACGUCUCCAAGAUGCUCCUGGAGGUCGGCGAGGCGGAGAGAGCCGACGCGGCGAGCAGCCUGGUGUACGAGGCGAAUCUGCGGCUGCGCGACCCCGUGUACGGCUGCAUGGGCGCCAUCUCGAUGCUGCAGCAGCAGGUGAACGCGCUGGAGGCCGAGCUGGAAGCGGUCAGGGCCGAGAUCUUCAAGCGCAGGUACCGGCAGGCCGGCGCCGCCACCGGCCUCAUGGACGACGUCCAAGUCCAUAUCACCGCCGGCUUCGCCGCUCCUCCUCCUCCUCCAUCGAUGCACGCGAGGGACGUGGUGUCAGUGGCGGACGCCGGCGGGCAAGGGCAAGAGUUGGCCGGAGCGCCGGUGAUCUCGUCGGCGUCUCCGCCGGUGUAUCCUGCCGGGCAGCCAUCAACAAGUACUACUGACUACAGCUCCCUCAACACAAGUGAGCAUGCUGCAUACUUUGGUUGACUUGCAUGGAUUUAUCUAACAUUUUGGUGUGAUCACAAUUAAGCCGGGGAAAAUAAGAUCUGUGUGCGAGAUUAGUUAUAUAUAUGUUUCUCUAGAAAUAGAUAUAGUUGUGGAUACCUUGGGUGAAGAAAAGAAUUUGUCCAAUGGAUGUAUCAAUCCUUAAUUUUAUUGUAUUGUCCAUUGUGAUUGGGCGGUUGAUUUAAUUAAUUGAGUGCGUGCUAAAUGAUCGAAUUAGCUCAAGGAAGUUUUCUUCGGUUCCGGAAUGAAGUAGUGGUUGUAGUAAGUGAAAUUGAACUAAAAAACACAUCUGCGUGUAUAUAUGUA